AGAUAAAGAAAAGUGAAAAAUACAAAAUAAUAUUGUUAAAUUUGCGAAAAAUUCAUCAAAGCAACUCGCAGGAAAAGUGCGAAAACAGCCGGCGUGGAAAAUUGACAGUCGUGGCUGUAGCCACAAUGGCACUGCUGCUGGUCCAUCUGCGUCGCCUCAUUCUCCUGCUGAGCGUUGUCUAUCUGAGUGGAGCUGCGAUUCGCCGGCUGCUCACCGAACGACAUCACGCCUAUGUCCUGCAGCCGAGCCGCAGUAGAUGGACGAAGGAUCCGCUGCACUUUCAAUGGUGGGCCUACAUCUACACCUGCUACGCGUAUGUGCUGCUGGUCAACUAUGUCAGCAUGCGGCGUUUGACCAACUUAAUCGAGUUCUUCUUAACUUAAGUUCCAUUUAUUUCUUUCAUUUGUAUUAUAGUUAAUAAAUCGUUUAAGGCAA